AUGCUGUCAACCUUGAUGAUGCGGAUAUUAACAAUAGAGUUCCUGUCCCUUGUGGCGUUGGCAACCUCCACUGCCGAUGCCGCCGGUAGUGCCGGUAGUACUAGCAGCGGCACUACAACAUUUCAAACUCAGUUGAUAUUCACACACCGACUGGACCUUUCUGCAGAAGUCUACGAGCAAGAGCUGCCAGUCAACAAGCAAGCCAUGAAGGAGUUGAUUCCAGAACAAGAUAUUGCCCAAAUGGAAUCCCUCCUCUUGGAUACCCUCAACCAACCACCGCAGCAAGGGGUAGAGACAACAGACGCCUCAGAGCCGGCACAAAUGACACAAAUAACCGCCGUCCAUGCGGAAUCCCAGGGCUUCCUCCUCCUUAGAAAACUUCCACGAAACAGCAAUAACAACAACAACCCUGAGGUCAUACAGGUCGAGGUGGAAAUUACCUACACCAUUCAUGGUCUCUGCCAAGGCCCUGACUGUACUGCUGUGGAGGAAAAGCACGAAGCUCAAGAUAUUAUCACGGGAGUUUUGCCAUCAGGAAGGCGACUCCGAGGUCAGGGACAACAACCACAACAACUAAAAGAAGAUGAACAACAAAAAGAAGAAGAAGAAGAGCCAAUGACCAGAAGUGGAUAUCAUCCGAGCCUGCAAGACGCGUUUCUACAGAGGGCACGGUCUCGAAUACUCACGAAACAACCACACAGCCACCAUGAUACUGAUAAUUACUUCUCCGUCAAAACAAAGGGUUCCAUAUGGGAGGACCUCCUGCAAGGCAUUCAAUCCAUCCGGCAAUCACCACCCAAGAGCAGCCACCGAGAUCUGCAGAAUGACGAGGUUUUGAUUGACAUUGUCGAAGUGGUUUGUGACCCACUGGUCCAGUUACUGGAAACUUCCAUCAGCAUUGAUCUCCCAGGAGAUUGGAGGCAUUUGAUAAAUCAUCACAACAGCCACAACAACAGGACCAUUACAAUUGCCAAUGAGACCAUGACGGUGGUGGCUGCCCUCAAUACGACGUUUGUGGAAACCUACAAUGCUCUCGUAUUUCCACUUUGCGACUGGCCUCAUUUUAGAAAAGUCUCGGGAGCGCAAGCCAGUACUGCCACCAUAUUUGAUCCCUUUGGAAAUACCACCAUAGUGGCCUUUGAAGUGCUGGCAGAGUGCCGGAAUUGUGGCCCUUACACUACACUUUUCCAAUCGAGUAAUGAUAACACGAAUGGUUCUUCUGUGUUCCUACCAACAACAAGCACCUCAACAGGUCAAACAGCAAAAUCUGGUGUGGUUCUCCGACAAGGGUUGGGAUUGACAGAUGACGGCUGUCUCUGUCCCAGACUCGAUGAUACUACAGUGUUCCGGGCUCCCACAUUGGAGGAAUUCAUAGCCUCUUUUCUAUCAGAACUGGCUAAGAUCGAGCUUCCACCACAAAAGGAGGAUUUCACAGAACUAAAAGAUGUUUCAUGUUCCUCGGAUGUGCGGGAGUUUACUUCCUAUGUUUUUUUGGACUUUACGAUGAAUAGCAGCAGUAAUUUCCAAACUAUUCCGGAGCAAGAUCAGAAUGUUUUGGAGCAGAGUUUUACAAGUCUGUACAACCAGCUCUCCUUCCAUUCCUGUGAUCCUUUCUUUCGCAAUGUGUUGGCAGCAAAACUGGAACUCAAUGCUGAUGCUGUUCUUGUUCGACGGCAGCUCCAAGCACAGAAGAAUCUCGAUCUGUUUUUUGCCAACAGGACCGCUGAGAAUGGCACCAACGCUACCCAAACCCAAACAGAAACACCAAUUGCCCACAAUCUCAAUGAAACAACGCCAGAAAUGGUUGCCAGAGCCACAACUGGAGCUCGAAACUUGCAGGGCAACACUUUGUUGUGUGUCUGCCCUGCUGACGGCAACCAAAUUGAUGAGUUCUCAAAGGAGGAUUUCUUGGACUAUUUCAAUGCGGAUGUUGUCCAAUAUCAGGAGGAUGGAGUGCUGCAGGCAGUCACUGGUAUCGAGAAGCUCCAAGAGGGUCAAGGUGUCGAUUGUGUGGGAGAGAUAAGGACAUUUACCACAACUGUCUUUGUUGAUAUCAGUGUCAAUCUUGAGGAGAUUGGGGAACAAGAGAAAGCUCUUUUGGAGAACACAUUCCGUACCAGCUACAAUGGGCUGGCCUUCUCUGUUUAUUUGACGCUGGAGCCAGGUCGUUUCCUUCAAGAUGGUACCAGUCGUGGGACAUGCAUUUGCCCAGCAGGUGUCGUUCCUGGGGAAGGCGGACCUGUGACUGCAGCAGACUUUCAGGUUGUCUUUAACGAUCAAGUUGAGAAGGAGAAACUGGAUGUUUUUUUGGAAGCUGUCAAUGUCACAGUGGACAAAGUGAUGGAAGGGCAGCAGGUAGACUGCAGUGUUGAUGAAUCAGAGUUCACUUCCUAUGUUUAUGUUGACUUCCAAUUGAACCGCAGCGGUGACUUCCAGUCAGUUUCUGAUCAAGAUCAAAUCAUGUUGGAGAAGAGCUUCAUGGAGCUCUAUAACCAACUCUCCUUUUGGUCCUGUGACCCAUACUUCAGAAAUGUGCAGGAGGCAAGGCUAGAAGUAAACAUUGACACAGCCCUUGUUCGGCGGCGGCUUCAACAACAGUGGGUUCCCGAUGACAAAUCUAUUAAUGCCUCCAACAAUACACAUUAUCAGGCUGCGAACAAUGAUCUCAAUGAGACUGCAGUACGAGGGGCAACAGCAGGGCGGAGAUUCCUCCUGCACGACAACAAACAGGAUAGACUCCCCUUGGAGGCACUGCAGCGGAGUCUGGUAGGCAACUCUUCUUCCUGUGUCUGCCCUAGUGAGGGGAUCCGCAUUGAUGGUUUCUCCAAUGACGACUUCCUUGACUACUUCAACAGCUUGAUUGUCCAGCUGCAGGAGGGUGGUAACCUGGAGACAGUCACAGGUGUCGAGAAGAUCCAAGAAGGACAAGAUGUGGAUUGUGCGGGAGAGAUAAGGACCUUUACCACAACUGUCUUUGUUGAUGUCACUGCAAGUCUUGAUGAGAUUGGAGAAGAUGAGAAGCUUCUUUUGGAGGACACUUUCAAAUCUACGUACAAUGGGCUGACCUUCUCUGUUUGUGAUUCCUACUUUCGAACUGUCGCUGACGCCAGUUUAGAGGAACAAGAUGUCACAUCCUG